AUUAGUUUAUCUCUUUUUUUCUUUCUUUCUUUUUCCCUUUUUUUUUCUUCUUCUUUAUAUCCAUAUAAAAUACUUUUUUUUUUUUUUGUGUUAACAUUAUAUAGUUUAUUAUGGUGGAUCAUCAAUAUCGAUCUCUUCAACAUUCAACCAAUCUAUUACAUUUGCCACUUGAAUUAUUAUUAAGAAUAUCAGAAUAUUUAAGCUUUGCAGAUGUGUGGUAUUUAGCAACUUGUUCCCGUUAUUGUAGAGCGAUUGCACAUCAAAUUAUCUGGUAUCGAUAUCAUAUAGAUCUCUCUAAGCCUCAGUUAAAUGCCUUUAAUCAUAUGGUUCAUGCUGCAUUAGCUUAUGUUAGUAGACAUGGUUAUAAAUUGGAUACAGAUACGAUUGAUUACACCAUUUUACAAAGCGUAUCUAAUAGAUUAGCAGUCGAAAUUUACGAUAAGUCACCUCUUAAAAAUUGGGAACCAUGUUUAGAUUUUUUUCUUGAUAAAUCCCUUGGUAUCAUAGUCGAUCAUAUGCUACUUGACCCACUCUUAGAUGUAGUGCCCAAGCAUAUUGAUACAACUACACAUAAUAAAGCCACUUCUUCCAUCCUUGAACAGGAUACAUCAAAUAUCAAACACUAUUAUCGACCCCUUUUGAUGACUGAUUUUUAUCCAACUCGUAUGGGAAGAUUAAUCACUAGUUUUUUAACUACCUUUUAUCCAACACUAACUGCAUUGUUCGAAAUUGAACCAAUCACUGAAAUCCAUCAUAGACUUUUAUUAAAUCAUAUUCAUCGUCAUUUAGAUAGUUUAGCCACUCGUUAUCACAGUCAUUACAAUCGACGUCUUUUGUUAGUCACAUCUUCAACAACGUCUCCUCGAGCUUCAACCAUCAUGACUCUUCAACAACAUAGUCGAUUUUUACGUUUAAACUUUUGUAUCCUUAUUCGAUUUAUUGGAACAUUAGUCAAAAAUGAUUUAUUAUCAGCGAAUGACUUGAAUACCAUCACUCGUCAACGUAUUCAAUUUUUCUUUUUAAAUGACAAUCAAAGAAAGGAAGAAGAAAAAGAAAGACAACAUGAAAGGAAGAGAGUCAAGUUAAAUCAAUUACAAAAGAGAAACCAUUCAUUAACAUUAUAUGAGUCACUCAAAAAGAAUGCAACCCAUUAUUGCUGGCAAAUGUGGUUCGAGGAAAUUGAAUUUCAAAUAGAAAUCUUUUUAGAUCUCACUAAAGUAGUUAUCUUAUUAGAAAGAUCCUCUCGUUCUAGAACAGACUUGUCCGUUGUUUCAUCUAUGCUUGACAAUACUAUUUCUGCGUUAAUAUCUACAAAAAGAUCCAACGGAAAUUCAGUCCUAUUACCACCUUCCUCAUCUAAUACAAGCACUACUACUACUACUGCUGCUGCUGCUGUUUAAUGUCUUAAUCAUAUAAAGUAAUAUUAUGUACAUAUAAGAAUUUCUAUUUAAAUCCUUUUUUUUUUCUUGAAAAUAAUCUAUCUAUAUUAUUGUAUAAUAUUCUUUGUAAAUAAAAUUAACUUUUUAUCACCAUCACUACUA